AUGAAGAAGAAAGAAGUGGGUGCGGUACAAUAUAGCAUAUAUGAAGAAUGUGGUGACAUCGGUCACCGGACCGAGAAUUGCCAAGCCACCGCGGAUGUGAAUCAAGUGUAUGGAGACCGGAGGCAAUACGAUAUGAACUCCAACACUUACCACCUCGGGUUGAGGAACCAUCCUAACUUUAGGUAUGGUAAUGCUUCUAACCAAAUGAAGCCGAAUAUCCAAUCGGGAAAUCAAGGGGGGUAUUCGCACCAAACUCGCCAAGGAAGUAACCAAGGGGGUUACCAAAGGAGCUACAAUCAAGGCGGUAAUGGGAGUGGCAAUUCAAACUCUCAAAUGGGCGGUGAUGACUCGAUAAAUUCUAAGUUUGAUGCACUCAUGAAUGCUAUGAAUGCCCUCACUACUUCAAAUCAAGAGAUCAAAUCCGAAAUGAAGAAGGAGUUUGAGGUGCGAGACAAGUCGCACAAGGCGUUGGAAAAGCAAGUGGGUCAACUUGCGGAAGAAAUGGCCCAAAUGCGAGGAAGUGGAGGGAGACUUCCAAGCGACACCGCGAUGAACCCCGAAGAAUCAAAGCUCAAGCACGAGCAAUGUGAGGAAUUUGAGGAACGGUUCCCACCGAAGGACGAGAGGUGGGAAAAUUUUAAACAAGCAAAAAUUAAUUUACCGUUACUCGAUGACAAUAAAAAGGUUCCGGCUCAUGUGGAAUACUUAAAGGAGUUAAGCAUAAAAAAAUGGCACAACAAAUUACCCGAACCGGUUGAUUUGAUAUCUCAUGUUAGUGUCGUUUUAUCGAGUGCCCUCCCCCAAAAAGCACAAGAUCCGGGAGAUCCUCUUAUUUCAAUACCAAUUGGUACAUUCAAAAUUGAGAAGGCGCUCCUAGAUCUUGGAGCUUGUGUGAGUAUUUUGCCCGGGAGUCUAUAUGACCAAUAUGAUUUUGGUCCAUUGAAAAAGUUUGACACUCCCAUGGUGUUGGCCGAUCAGACUCCCAUGCAUCCACGGGGGAUGGUGGAAGAUGUGAUUGUUAAGGUAGAUGAGUGCUACUACCCAGUUGACUUCUUGGUAGUUGAUUAUGUUGGGUGUGUCGAGGACACACAACCAAUAGUUAUACUGGGUAGACCGUUCCUUGCAACAGCUAAUGCCAUAAUAAACUGUGCAACGGGAACGGUAAGCAUGAAGUUUGGGGACCGGGAAUUAAAUUUAAAUGUUUUUCCAAAUUUUACUAACCCACUCGGUGAGGAUAAGUCUCCUGAGAAGGACAUAAAUCCAAACAAAAAGGUAUGUGUUAUGGUUGGUAGGUUUAGAGAAACAAAGAAGAAGAUGGUCAAGAAGAAGAAGGCAAAGAAGUCACCUCUAGAAAAGAAAAAGGAAGAGGAGGUGAGGAAGUUUGGACCGUUUAGCAACAAAUGGUAUGAAUCAUCGGUAGGUGAUUUUGAAGAGUUCGUGGGUGGCAAGCACACCAUUCGACCACCAUGA